AUGUCUAGCCGAAGAUCGUCGCGUUCAAGGCAACCAGGAUCCUCAAGGAUCACUGAUGAUCAGAUCAACCAACUCGUUUCCCAGUUACAACAGCUUCUUCCUGAGCUUCGCAGUAGGCGCUCCGACAAGGUUUCGGCGUCUAAGGUUCUACAAGACACUUGCAACUACAUAAGAAGCUUGCACAGAGAGGUUGAUGACCUGAGCGAGCGACUGUCGGAGUUAUUGGCAAACACGGACACCAGCAGCGCCGAAGCAGCCAUUAUUAGGAGUUUACUGACGCAAUAGAUGACCUAUUAUUGAUCAUAUAUUAGUAGUUUCUUGUUUUGUUCUUCAAUUCGAUCUCUUUCUCUUGAAUGUUUUGUCACUAGACUAUGAAAGUAAUUGCAGUUAGAUUGG